UAUUAGUCUCACAUUUUAGAGAUAUACAUAUAGUUUCAUAGUUUGUGAGUAAAUUUUAUAUUAAAUAUGGACUUAACGGGAAAACUGAUAAUCAAGGCAAGAUUGGGUGAUGAUAUAAGAAGGAUACCAAUCCACAAUGAAGACCUAACGUAUGAUGAACUUAUACUUAUGAUGCAAAGAGUCUUCAGGGGAACUUUGGACUCUAAUGAGGAUGUCGUGAUCAAAUAUGCUGACGAAGAUGGAGAUCUUAUCACAAUAUUUGACGACUCUGACAUCAACUUCGCAAUUCAAAUAAGCAGAAUUUUAAAGCUAACCAUAUUUACGAAAAAUGAGCCUCAAAUUGCUAAAGAAGAUACUAGCAUUGCUGGAAGUAAUGUGAGACAAGAAUUGAUCAAAAUCCGGAACCAAAUAAAUAAUCUUUUGGAUGGACUUGGUGGGGGUGGUGACCAGGAACGUACUGUCGUGGUUAAUAACACAGAAGAGCCUACAGCAGUUAAAGCUGAAACUGCCCCCCCACCUACUAUCAAUCAAAACUAUGACACAAGUUUUGAUCCACUAACAGCAAACAACACAAGUAGUAGUGUGAUGUCAUCAUUUGACAAUGUUUCGCAAUUGGAUAACCGGCCCCCUAGCCCCAGCGGUAGCCAGAGUAGUGCCCCCUCUCACUCUGGAAGGUCCCAGGUCACCCCACAAGGUACCCCACAACCCAUGCAGUCAUUCCAACAACCCCCACCCGUGGAACAACCCCAACAGAACCAUUAUGGGCAAAUGCAACCACCGCAACAGAAUGCACAGUUGCCGGGACAAACCACUGGUUUUAUGGAUAAGCAAAUGGGACCAUCGGUGCCAUCUUCGGUCCCGGGAAUGCAAAAUCAACCAAAUCAACAGGGUGGUUUCCCUCCACCCCAACAAAUGGGGGCGCCGCAUGCCCCAAACCCUAAUUACCCCAACCCCACCCCACAACACCAGCAACACCCUGGGUACGCACAACCUGUAUCAAGUCAGGGGAAUUUCCCCCAGCCAGCUACCAGCCAAUCAGUGAGCAUGAUGCCUUCGGGUCAAAGCAGUUUUAACCAAUCACAGCCACAAUAUCCACCUUCUACAAGUGGAUUUGGAUCUUUUAGUCAACAACAACAACAACAACAGCAACAACAGCAACCGCCCCAAGAACAACAACAACCCAGAAUGCAAGCCCCUUAUGGCGGUGUACCCCCUGGCCAAAACUACCCCCCACAAACAGGGCAAAAUCAGCCCCCGUUUCAGCAACAACAGCAAAGGGGGCCUUCACCCCAAGGGUACAUGCCCGGGGCCCCACCCCAGUCAGCAGGAAAUCCACAUCGUAUGUUUGGAAGAGGGGCUUAUAGACCCAGACAAGCAGGACCUGGGUACCAGUGAAGUAACAACAAGGUGCAAUUUAAGAAUUUGAAAAUAUAGCUAGAACAUUACUUUGCAGUUCAAGGUUUAACGUAUGCUAUUAUGCAUAGGCGUCACGUUAUUGAAUUUUUAACUAAAUCUGGGUUAAACUUUUUUCAAAAUCUGGGGUGAUAUUGUUAGAAUACAGUUACACUCAUAGUCAUAAAACAUUAGCAACCUUAUUAAUUAAUGGGGACAUGACACCCCAAAUGUGAAGUCUAUGCUACAUGUACUAAGUAGCACACACAUAUUACAAGUAAUUAUGCUGCUUUUUCCCUUCCUACAGUAGGUCUACCAAUUAUAUAUAAUAGAGUGGGGAAAGAUGGGACACCUUUUCAUUCUAUUUUCUCGUCCCAUUUGGUAGUAACUAAAGAACAUUCAAAGAAUUUUAAAACCGUAUCCUUACAACUCUAUAGAUUGUUGUAAAUUGUUUAAAACACGAUCAGGAUAUUUGAAUAUGAUGUGCUAAAGGUGUUCAAUCUUCCCCUACCCUACAUAUGUACUGACAAUUGAAAAUAAGAAAAUAUUUGCAAUUUUUUCAUAGAAAAUUUAUAGAGCAAAGUUCUAAUACCUGGAUGAUAUAAUAAAUACGUUAAUGGCUAAAAAGAAUAUUUACUAUUUUUACAUUAGCAGUAAGCUUGGUGAAAAUCUCCCAUAUGCUAUAUGCAACAAUAUUUUCAUAAUAUGAAAAUAAGCGUGUUGCAUUUAAAUAACUGUAAACUUGAUAUUACUAAUAUAGUGUUGUGGAUGAUUAUUAUUACCAAAAUAAAUUAUGAUGACUGUUA